AUGCUAAGUCUUAAAAGACAACAAAUUAUAAAAGGUUUAACUGAACGAUCCGCUUCUCACUGUAGCUGCCUCAGAUAUGGUGUUCUCGCAUCAUAUGACAUUUUUAAGUUGAGCUCGUAUGAGUUGUUACCUACUGAUAGGUCUUCUGCAAGUAAAUACCAAAUGUUAAUAGGGGAGAAACGGGGAUAAUGGCCAAAAACUAACACUAGAUGCAGUCAGAUGAAAUUCGAUAAUCUGCUAUCACAGGAUGUAAUGUUAUAUAUUAUUUGGCCAGCGAAUGACAAGAGGACAUUUAAUUUUUAUUAUACUGAAGCAGCUAAGCAGCUGUUCCAGACACUUGCUAAGAUUCAUUCUGCACCAUGGAGUUAUAAUUUGACGAUUUUCGAUAAUAUAACGCUGGUUAUUAAGCUUUAAUCAUUAUAUUGAUUUAUAUGUACCGUUGUUGAUUAAAGACCGACUUUGUUCUUUUCAUUGACUGACUGCAGCACUAUUUUUCCUAAACUGAAUUAUUUAGGAAACAGAAAUUAUAACUAUUUAUACGUUUAUAGAUAGAUGUUUUUGCGAUUGAUAUGUUCUCAGGCACCUAAAAUUUCUUGUCUCUUGGCUGUACUCAAAAUUUGUUUUGUCACACACAAAUAAUAGCGUGGCUAUUAAUAUGUCACUAUUACUAUAUGGAGAAGGAGAAGAAGUAAGGCUUAACUCACCAGAGGGACCUGUAGAACCGCUGUUUUGCGGCAUAUUCCAACUAUUCCAGCUAGCACUACCUCCAGCAUUAGGUCCUGCAGAGAACAAAAUUAUUAGAAACUGCACUCACAAAUACAUUGAAAAUUAGAUCCAUUAUAUCUAGUGUGUAUAAGUACUCUAAAGAUGAAACGUGCAAUAUUUUUAUUUGUGCUUUCAUUGAUGUAGAAUAGUUG